UCCUCCAAUAACCUUAACCUUAAUGUCUCACUCAAAGAUUCCAAAAGCUUUUCACAACCAUUCAUGGCUUUUCAAGAACCCUAUCGAGAAACCAGGUUUUGCAGAUAAAAAAUGGAGCAUUCAUGCGGAUUCUUCUUCCUUCAAUCUCUUAAACUUUGCUGAUGGCCUUGGGCUUGUUGAAGCUCCAGCUAAAGUGGAUAUUUUAAGGCAUUUAUUGAGAGACCAAACUGGAGAUUCCUUGGAUUGCUUGAACCUUAUUGAUGCCACCCAACGCCUUGGCAUUGAUUACCACUUCCAACAGGAGAUUCAAGUUGUUCUUCAAAGGCUAUACGUCUUAUCUAACCAUCAAUGGCUAGAUCGCGAGACCAAUCUUCAUUAUACUUCUCUUCUCUUUCGACUUUUGAGACAACAAGGUUAUCCCGUGUCCACAGAUAAUUUCAGAGCUUUCUUGGACAACAAGGGAAAGUUCAACGAAGGCCUAAGACAAAACGUGAAUGGGCUGAUGAGCUUAUAUGAAGCUUCACACCUAUGCAUGCAUGGCGAUGACAUACUUGAAGAAGCUGAAACUUUCAGCACCCAUGGCCUUAAUCAUUGCCUUGCUCAUCUUGAUCAUCAUAUGGCCCCUUUUGUGCGCAACACUUUAGCUCAUCCCCACCAUAAAAGCGUUGCUAAAUUCAUGGUGCCUACCUAUUUUGGAGACAUUCAAAGCACAAACAAAUGGAUCCAUGUUUUGCAAGAUGUUGCCAAAAUGGAUUUCAAUGCAGCUCAGCUGCUACACCAAGACGAACUUGUUCAGUUCUUGAAAUGGUGGAAAGAAACAGGCUUGGCGAAAGAGUUGAAGUUUGCAAGAGAUGAACCUAUUAAAUGGUACAUAGAAUCACUAGUUUGUCUCGGAGAUUCAUGCUAUUCCCAACAAAGACUCCAACUUGCAAAGUCCAUCUCUUUUGUGUAUCUCAUUGAUGACCUUUAUGAUGUAUUUGGAAAUCUUAAAGAACUCACCUUCUUCACCGAAGCUGUCUGCAGAUGGGAUUUGGGUGCUGCUAAAAGAUUGCCUGAUUGCAUGGGAAUUUGUUUAAAAUCUCUAUUUGAAGUUACCAAUGAUGUAAGUUCCAUGAUCUAUAAGAAGCAUGGCUGGAAUCCCAUUGGUUUCUUAAGUAGAGCGUGGGGUAAAUUAUGCAAGGCCUUCUUAGUGGAAACUGAAUGGAUGAGUUGUGGAUAUUCACCAAGUGCAGAAGAAUAUUUGAGGAAUGGCAUUGUUAGCACUGGCAUCCACGUUAUUUUAGUACAUGUUUUCUUUCUAUUAGGCCAACAAAUAAGCCAGCAAACUGCAGAGCUUUUGGAAGAUGAUUUAGACAUUAUUUCAUCUACUGCCAUCAUACUCCGACUCUGUGACGACAUGGGCAGUGCAAAGGACGAGAAGCAAGUGGGGCUAGAUGGAUCAUAUGCAAAACACUACAUGAAUGAGCAUCCAAGCAUCUCCCAUGAAGCCACACACCAUCAUGUUACGAACAAAAUUUCUCAAGCAUGGAAGACUCUCAACAAAGAAUAUCUCUUAUCCAACUUAUUCCCAGCAAAGUUCACUCAGGCUUCUCUGAACAUUGCAAGAGCAGUCCCUUUGGUUUAUAAUUAUGGCUCAAACCAAUCAUUUAUGACACUUGAAAAGCUCAUACAACAAUUGUUGUUUCGUAUAUAUGUGUAA